CAGGGACCUGCUGGUGUCAGUGUGUGGCAGCACUGAGGGAGAGUGGGGGAAGUGCGGUCGGAGGAGUUUGCAGCCAUGUCUUUCUGCUCGUUCUUCGGAGGGGAGGUCUACAAGGAUCACUUCAAGACCGGUAUAUACGUUUGCUCGGAAUGCAACUACGAGUUGUUCUCCAGUCGAAGCAAGUACCAGCACUCUUCCCCGUGGCCGGCCUUCACAGAGACUGUCCAUAAAGACAGCAUCUCCAAAUACCUGGAGCGGCCGAACGCAUACAAGGUCUCUUGUGGGAAGUGCGGUAACGGACUGGGCCAUGAGUUUAUAAACGAUGGCCCUAAGAAGGGUCAGUCCCGCUUCUGAAUAUUCAGCAGCUCGCUAAAAUUCAUCCCCAAAGAUAAAGUCGAUGGGGAGGUACAGCGAGAAUAAAGUUUGUGCCUAUUUUUGAAGCCACCGGGGGGCGCUGUGCCUUUCCUAAUGGUCCAGCACCGAAUGAGUCACUGCAGAUAAACCCUCACUGGACGUCUGGGGUGAUGAAGAUGAUGUGCUGGGGGUUGGGCAUUGGUACAGUGGGAUCCCAUAAUGCACGCUUGAUGCAGUGGCAGCAGUUUCACCACACAACCUUAAUUGUACCUUUCUCUCCUUAAAAUUAUUAAUUCUGUCCCUAUGGGGGUGGAGUUAGAUUAACCCACUGGGUACCUACCCUUGAUCUGAUGCAUUUAGCACCCAUUGCUUUUAUUUAUAGGGGUGCCCAUGUAUCUGCCAGUUGCUAACCGGUGUUGCUGAUACCUUUUGAGUUAACUUUUAAUAUGACCUAGAGAGUAAUAUUCCAAUUAAUAUUGCAAUUGGUCUUCAUUGUUUGUAGUUUUUUAAUUAUUUCAGUGUUUGUUCAGCAGCUUUCCAGUUUGGAAUUUCAGCAGCUAUCUGGUUGUUAGGGUCCAAAUUACCUUAGCAACCAGGUAGUGGUUUUAAUGAAAAACUGGAAUAUGAAUAGGAGAGAACCUGAAUAUAAAUAUAAAUAAUAAAUAACAAUAGAACUGUAGCCUCACAGAGCAAUAGUUUUUGGCUGCGGGGGUCCCCCCAUGUGAAAACUGGAAAAAGGCAGAAGAGAAUAAUUCAAAAACUACAAAUAAUGAAGGCCAAUUGAAAAGUUUCUUAGAAUUGGCCUUUCUAAUACAUACUAAAAGUUAACCACCCCCUUAAGGCAAAGUGAGGGACAUCGGGCAUGGGGGAAGUCCAAAUGGAACCAGUGUCCCAGCCUAUCAGGACUUUGCCCUGCCCCUUGAAGUCUGACAUCACUCACCAACACCAGCACAGCCAAUGGGAGGCACCAGAUUGCCAGUACACAGUACUUUCUAUAGAGGCACCCAAGCGCCCCUGCCUAGGGCCACAGCUUCCGGGGGUGCCGGUAUAGAAAGCAAUAUACUUUGCUGGCGCUACUGGCAGAUACACACAUGUAAAUAUAUAGCCCCCCCAGGUACUUACACAGUCCCAUUAUUGGGGAAAGCGCGGUACAUAAACCCACCAACACACUGUGCCGAAUGGAACCACGGGCACCUCACUUUUUGCUAAUUCCGAAUCACGUGGUUUAUAUCCGACCUCAGAAUCUUAGUCGCACUGUGAUUAGUAGGGGAAUCUGUUAGCCCAUAUGGGUAAGUAAUGGUUACAUUAAAGGUGAAGUAAAACGGUAAGGGUCUGUUGUACAUAGUGAGUGCCCUUAUAGGGCCGGGGCAUAUUCCCUGCUGCCCAAGUUACGAAGGGGCAGGUGUGGCUUAGGCAAAUUCUGAACCUUGGGAUAGGGUUUAGAUAGGAUCUCUAAUCAACACUCAUGUUAUAAAGAAUCUCAGCCAUAAAGUAAGGGGGAACUGCUGUUUUAUGAGAGACAGGAAAAUGUUUUCAUCGUUUAAUGACAUUUCCCUAUCCAAGGACUAAAGUUAUGAUACCAUUUCUGCAAUGUUUUCAACAGAUUAUAAGUAGGGAAUAGUCUCUUACCACUGGAGUAAAUACCCCUGUGCUGGUAGGCUCAGUUGGGCAAAUACCUCAAUGAGAAUUCUACUGGUUAAACCUUCAUUAUAAAUGCAAAAGAAUUGACCAAUGAGAAUGCUGAUUCCCAGCACUGUGUCAGGUAUCUUGCUGGUACCUUACAUAUAGAGAUAAUUUAUGUCGUUAUUUCCCCUCAUUAUAUGGCACAGGAAUCAGACAUGGGGAUAAAGGGACAGACUUGUUCAGUGCUGGGAAACUGGGCUUAAUGCUCCCAACUCCAAUUGCAGGAACAGAGAACAGGGAGCCGGAUUUACCCAGAUCAGCUGGGAUUCUCAUUGGGGGAUUUUUUUUGUAUUUUAAAGCAGUCGCUGGCUGUGGAGAUUUGGGGAAAAAGUUUUAUUGUGCAAUAUUGGUUUAAAAUACAACCCUGAUGUUGCUGGACUACAGCUCCCAACAUGCUUAAACCUACAUUAUAUGUUAAAUUAUUCUGGGAUUUGUAGUUCAGCAACAACUGAGUAAUUCUUGGUUGAGCAGUGCAGCAGGGUUUAUAUCCCCUUUAGCACCACAGAUAUCAUAGAUUUGAAACAGCGCCACCUGCUGUUCAUUUCAGCUGAACUGUCACAGUCAGUAGAAGAUUUUGCUAUUGAGAAAAGGGUUGACAUUUCCUCCAGUUGCUCAGCAGUUAUUAAUGGUGCCUCACCGGCAGGGGGCGCAGUCCCUUGGGGAACACCUUCGGCACAGCGCCGUUCAUUUCAGGGACUAAUGGUUGUUCUGCGCCUCUCCUGCAGCUUAUAGGGGGAUAUGUAGCCAAUUCAUACGUCUUAAUUAGAACAAUUACUUCUUAAUCACCAUGAAUGUAUUUGUACUAUUUUUGUUAUUAAAAUAAACAUGAUUUUCACUUUUAUCCUA